AGCCUUGCACAGGUGUACCUGCUCCUCCCCUCCAGUCUUGCAUAUGUGUACCUGCUCCUCCCCCUCAGCCUUGCACAGGUGUACCGGCUCCUCCCCCUCAGCCUUGCACAGGUGUACCGGCUCCUCCCCUUUAGCCUUGCACAGGUGUACCGGCUCCUCCCCUUUAGUCUUUUACAGGUGUAACGGCUCCUCCCUUUCAGUCUUGCACAGGUGUACCAGCUCCUCCCCUUCAGCCUUGCACAGGUGUACCGGCUCCUCCCCUUCAGCCUUGCACAGGUGUACCGGCUCCUCCCCUUCAGCCUUGCACAGGUGUACCGGCUCCUCCCCUUCAGCCUUGCACAGGUGUACCGGCUCCUCCCCUUCAGCCUUGCACAGGUGUACCGGCUCCUCCCCUUCAGCCUUGCACAGGUGUACCGGCUCCUCCCCUUCAGUCUUGCAUAGGUGUACCGGCUCCUCUCCUGGACUGAUCGGCUUCCUCUGAUGUCACUGCACACUAAGCUUCAGUAAGUUAUACAGAGCUACGCCUCAUUUCCU